AUUAACAGGUCUGCAUACAUUAAAACACCUCCUUAAAUCGCAAUCUCUUUGUCUUCCUUCUCUCACUCCCAUCCUCCAUGAAAGCUCUGCUUGAGCUUCGGUUCUUACACCUUCUUGCUAUUUCCAAUUCUCUUAGCAGUGAGAGCCGAGGGAAAAAAAAUCUGGCAAUCAUGUCCAAUUUUAGGCGACUGGGUAUCAUGAAAUCUUCUAUCUUCACCAUCUCGUUCGCUGCACUCUUCUUUGUUGUUCUCUUCGCCGUCGGUGCUCGCUGCAAUCUCUUCCUCCAUUCUACCACCUCGAGAACAAUAAGAGACGCCCUGGUGUUCCCUUCCAAUAAACCCCAAAGAAAAUUCAAGCCAUUUUCUUCACCUGUACCACUGCUUUUGGUGAAAGAAGAGGUCAAUGAGUCUUAUAUUGAAUACUCUCUUACCAAUAUUACAGAGCAGCAAAGAAAGACGUGGUCCCAGAAUAAAUCGCUCGAGUUUGAAAUGUUUCAAUCAACUGAUUUGGCCCGGCAAUUUUCCAGGCGAGUUCAGGAAUUCUUCAAAAGUGGGUGCGAAGUGCAAUUCUUCAUGACAUGGAUUUCACCAGCGAAAUCCUUCCGUAGAAGAGAAUUCUUUGCCCUGGAGAGCCUCUUCAAAGCCCAUCCCAAUGGAUGCUUGAUCAUUUUAUCUAGAACCCUGGAUUCCAGACAUGGGAAACGCAUUCUGGAACCUCUACAACAUGGUGGUUUCAAAGUUCUUGCAGUUACACCGGACUUACCAUAUCUGUUUGAGAACACACCAGCUAUUGCUUGGUUUGAUGAGAUUAAGAAUGGGAGAAAGGAUCCUGGUGAAAUCCCACUAGCUCAGAAUCUUUCCAAUCUGCUUAGACUGGCGGUUCUAUACAAGUAUGGAGGUAUUUACUUGGACACAGACUUCAUAGUCCUGAAGAAGCUUUCUGGUUUGAGGAACUCAAUCGGGGCACAGAGCAUGGAUGAAACAGGAAACUGGACUCGACUUAACAAUGCUGUUCUGAUUUUUGACAAGAAUCACCCACUUCUGUUAAAGUUCAUAGAGGAAUUCUCCCUCACUUUUAAUGGAAACAGAUGGGGGUACAAUGGGCCAUACCUGGUCUCGAGGGUGAUUGAGAGGAUGCAGAAGAAAAAUCCUGGGUAUGAGCAUAACUUCACUGUAUUGCCACCAAUGGCCUUCUAUCCAGUUAGUUGGAAUCGGAUAGGUGGAUUUUUCAAGAGGCCGGAGAAUCCAGCGAUGUCAAGAUGGAUAUCUACCAAGCUGCGUCAAUUAAGUGGGGAGACGUUUGGGCUUCACCUUUGGAACAAACAGAGUGGAAGAUUAAGGAUUGAAGAAGGGAGCAUCAUCGGAAAACUCAUCUCAGACCAUUGUGUUAUAUGUGAUCAUUUGUAUAGUGCUUGAAUAGGCUCCAUGAGUUGGGAUAACAGCGAAGGUGCUUUCAGCUAGUUGGGUGAAAUAUGCAGAGCUAACUUGUGCAAUAGGCAAGAUAGCACACGCUCGAAAUGGAGGGAGUGUCACAGGUGGUGAUCUCAAACCAUUUCAUUGUUUCGCAAACGUAUGUAAAACGAUCAGAUACACUCUCUGAAUUCGUCCCAACUAUUCGCCAUGUGGAUUGUAUAGCAGAAAAACUGUCGAGUUAAGCGGGUGAUUUUUAUUAAGUGAACCUCUGGAUUGAGAAGUGAACAACAUAUCAUGUGCAGAUUGAUUAGGAACAUUUGUGUUCUCCAUGAAUAAACCGGUGCCUCAAUAAGCUCCUUAGUUUGCCGGUUGCAGAUUAUUUUGUAAGUAUUUAUUGUUUUUACCGAAUGUAAAAUAUGUAUGUUAUUUUACAAAGCAUUUUCCUAAACAGAAGGAUUGGAUCAAAUGUAACUACAAUGUAUACUUUUAUCGAUUCAGUGAAAGUGUUUUAUCCUGAAGUUUUAAAAGUUCAUCAAUUGAACCAGUGACUUGAGAUUGAUCUCAAAACCUUCUUCAACACUUCACGAUCCUU